UUUGAGCACAUUUGUGAAUGGUUUUCCUCUUGGAAGAAUGGGAAGUGUGGCUGCCUGGACCUUGCAAUCCGAAUCGGAUUUUUUUUUAAACACCCGUGUCGUUUAAUGGUUGUAUUGACUCUGUCAAAAAAUGUCGGCCGAGGAAGGUGCCCACAGUCCGGACCAGCUGAAUAAAUUCGUGAAACUGUCAGGGAGGCCUUCUCUCAGAGUGGCAGGCUCUAAGAAGAGAGUACGCUGGCUUCAGGCUCGACGCAUCCUCACCCAACCUUGCCCCAGCCUGCGGAUCCCUAACAGGUUUUUGAGAGAAGGCCAUCGCGCACCUCCCGCCCGAAGCGGCCACCGCUGCGUGGCAGACCAGAGCAACUUGUACGUCUUUGGCGGAUAUAACCCGGAUUACGAUGAGUCGGGCGGCUCGGAGAAUGACGACUACCCGCUCUUCCGUGAGCUUUGGAGAUACCACUUUGCCACGGGCACCUGGCAGCAGAUCCCCACCGAGGGGUACAUGCCCACUGAACUGGCCUCCAUGUCAGCUGUCCUGCACGGAAACAACCUGCUGGUGUUCGGCGGCACCGGGAUCCCGUUCGGUGAAAACAAUGGGAACGACGUUCACGUCUGCAAUGUCAAGUACAAGCGGUGGUCGCUGCUAAACUGUAGAGGAAAGAAACCUAACCGAAUCUAUGGACAGGCGAUGGUCAUCAUAAACGGUUUCCUGUAUGUGUUUGGGGGAACGACGGGCUACAUCUACAGCACAGACCUCCACCGGCUGGACCUGACGACCCGAGAGUGGAUACACCUCAAGCCCAACAACCCCCCUGACAAUCUCCCUGAGGAGAGAUACAGGCAUGAAAUAGCACAUGACGGACAGAGGAUAUACAUACUGGGAGGAGGAACCUCCUGGAUAUCCUAUUCUUUAGAGAAAAUACAUGCGUACAACCUGGAGACUAACUCCUGGGAAGAAAUAGUUACGAAACCUCACGAAAGAAUAGGGUACCCUGCUCCAAGGAGGUGCCACAGCUGUGUGCAGAUAAAGAGUGACGUGUUCAUAUGUGGAGGUUACAAUGGCGAGACAAUCCAGGAUGACCUGUGGAAGAUGAGCUUGCAGACAUUCCAGUGGACCAGGCUCCCUGCCAUGAUGCCAGAGCCGGCCUACUUCCACUGUGCUGCAGUCACGCCGGCGGGUUGUAUGUACAUUCAUGGCGGCGUGGUGAACAUCUACGAGAACAGGCGAACCGGCUCGCUCUUCAAGAUCUGGCUGGUGGUGCCCAGCUUGCUGGAGCUGUGCUGGGAGCGGCUGCUCAAGGCCUUCCCCCACCUGCCCCACCUGUCCACCAUGCAGCUGCUCAACCUGGGCCUCACGCAAGAACUUAUCGAGCGGCUUAAAUGAUCCGCUACACAACGGACUCGAGGACCGUUGGAGUGCAAAGGGGACAGAACUGAGAAAAGAGAACUGGUACAGAAGGAGGACGACGAACUGAACAAUGAGCACAGGGGUUUGUUUGUUUGUUUGUUUUUUAUAAGACAUCACUCUCUCCCCGAUCCUCCCCCAGCCCGGAACCUCUGGUGAGGAGGCGCUCUGAAGACCUAGCCCGCCUUAAAACCAAAUGAACUAUGGGAUGCCUUUUUUUUUUUUUUCGUCGCUCAUUCUUUUUUUCGGCCGUUUGCACCCGUUUUUUUUGUUACGGAAAUCAAACAAGCUGAAUAGGAAUGUUUCAGGUGCUCUAGAAUUCUCCUUUCCAUGUAUUUUUUUACUCUUUCACUUCUGACCAGUGUGCUCUACUCCCGAUACAGGCCUGGACGGAAAUACUUUAGUUCACCCUAUUAACUUGUUUUAAACUUCAGUUUUUCUUUCUAUCUCAUUUUUUGGCUUGUUUUUUUGUAGAUAUAUAGCGAUGCUCUUGCCAGCUGAGGCAGCCUGCACCAUCAGACCUCUUUCGUUUUUCAUUUGGGCAUCACUGCUCAUCUGGCCAGGCUUGGCUAGAGUGAGAUUGUUGUUUCUUUUAACACUAAUGCUGUUUGAAAGAAUGUUUGAAAGGGUUUCAUGAUUUCUGUUCAGCCUGCUGAUAAAAAUAACCAUGGACUAGCCAAAAUGGAAGGCCUUAAUUCUGAUGCCUGUUGAAGUUUAUGAAGCUCAGAGAUGGAAGGACUAGCAUACCUGUCCCUCAUGUUUAAAAUCUGCUGUUACAGACACCAACCUGACUAAAGUUUGCAUCCGAAUCUCCGAUUCCCCCCCCCCCCCCCC